GGAGAAACUAAAGGAGACUGAGAAAUCGUUUGACAACUUCCAAAAGAGUUUCUCCCACCAGGAUGGUGCUUUGUGCACCAUGGAAAUUAAUGUGGAGAAAGACAAACAGACAGGAGAGACCAAGAUUGUCUCUGCUUCACCUGUUGGCCCAGAUGAGGCCCAUCAAAGAGGAUUCAAAGUCUAUGAUGAUGGUUCCAAGGUAGUCUAUGAGGUUCACUCUGGUGGCACAGUGGUAGAAAAUGGAGUACAUAAAUUAAGCUCAAAGGACGUAGAUGAACUUAUGCAAAAAGCUGGACAAUCAAGUGUAAAAGGAGGGUAUGAAACAAUGACUGUGUCAGACAAAAACGUGGUAGCCGAUGGAAACCUUAGCCAUAUGAAGGAGCAAAUGCUCUUCAAGGAGGCAAAGCUGGAAAUGGUACACAAAUCCAGCAAAGGACGUGCUGUGAACCCUCAGCCACAAGACAAACCCUGUAGUGGUGAAACCCCAGAGGCCAGUGCAGAUCAGCCGGUGACAAUGAUAUUUAUGGGCUACCAGAACAUCGAUGAUGAAGAGGAGACAAAGAAAGUGCUGGGCUACGAUGAGACCAUCAAGGCAGAGCUUGUGCUGAUCGAUGAAGACGACGAGAAGUCACUGCGGGAAAAGACAGUGACUGAUGUUUCCACCAUGGAUGGGAACGCUGCUGAGCUGGUCUCUGGCAGGCCGCUGUCGGACACGACAGAGCCCUCCUCUCCCGAGGGAAAGGAAGAGAGCCUGCCCCUGGAAGCUGCCCCAGGUGCAGGAGGAUUGGCUAUGCUGCUGAGGGACCCAUCGGGACCAUGCUCCUGUGAAAGUUCUGAAGCCAAGGAGGGUGCAGGGAAAUCUUCCAGAAUCCCUGAGGAUGACAUCAGGUUAAGGAAAAACAGAGACCAAAACUGUGCCAAUUUCUUGGAGCCAGCUACUGUGCUUGCUACAAAGGAAGAGAAAAUGGAAAUUGAAGUUCCAGUUUCUGAACAUAAAAGCAUCACCACAGUGGCUUCACCACAUCCCAUAGACAAUCCAACCCAUUUCUUUUCCCCUGCUUCCAGUCGAAAUGGACUUCGGGACAGGCAUGAAUCUCUGGACAGUGAAGUUGCUAAAGAGAUCAGAUACCUAGAUGAAGUGCUGGAGGCAAAUUGCUGCGAUUCUGCUGCAGACAGUACAUUUAAUGGGACAUCCUCCCCUGAACCAAGUGCAGUCUGCAUUAUGGAUGGUUCAGGAGCAUCUGCUAAUGUCAAUAAGGAGUCAGUACCCAGUGAAAGGGAAGAAAAUGUAGCAGACAAGCAGGCAUCCUUGGAAGCUGAGCCAUGUGAAGCUAGUAUAAUAGAUGAGAACCUGAAAUCUAAUGGCCAUUCCAUGGGUGGAUUGAAAGAAGACACUAGGGAGAGUCUGAAGGUGCCAGGAAGUCCCACUUCUUCAAACAGUUCUAGAAGAUCCUCUAAGGAUGGAGAAACAACUCUUACAACCCUUAAGAAAGAGGCAAAGUUUGAACUGCGAGCCUUCCAUGAAGACAAAAAGCCCUCAAAGCUCUUUGAAGAUGAGGAGGAGAAGGAAAAAUACAGAGUCCGCAAAGUGAGACCAUCAGAAGAAAUGAUGGAACUUGAAAAAGAAAGAAGGGAACUCAUUAAAAGCCAGGCUGUCAAGAAAAACCCCAACAUUGCUGCCAAAUGGUGGAACCCUCCUCAGGAGAAGCCCCUGGAGGAUCAACUGGAUGAAGAGCAUCUGGAGUCUCACAAGAAGUACAAGGAGCGCAAAGAGAGGCAGCAGCAGCAGCAAGGUGCGGCACCAGCUUCCCCCAAGCAAGUCAGCUGCUCCUCUGUAUCCCCAGAGCCAGUCAAUAUCAAGAAAGAUGAUAUUGUCACGGAGCAAAUUGACUUCUCAGCUGCCAGGAAGCAGUUCCAGCUGAUGGAGCAUUCAGGUCCAUCUCAGGGUCAGGCCCCACCAAGGCGGUCAGGAGCACCCAAAAUGUUCUCCAUCAAGCCCUUCUACAAAAGCCUCAAUUCUCCAUCCGUGGACAGGCCGAUGUCCUCUGUGACAAGACCCGUUUCGGUGUGUGGGCAGGCUGGACAGCUUGAGGGUAACAAUGCCACUGUUGUCAAAGCACAGAGAGUCUCCUGUGGCUCAGAAGAUGACAAAAGCGCUCAGACUACCACAGCUGACACAGCAAGAGAGUUACCUUGCAGCGAUAGCCCCAGAGCUGGACCAGCCUCAAAACUGUGGGCGGAGGAUGGAGAAUUCAUGAGUGCAAGGGCGGUCUUCACAGUGGUGAAGGAUGACGGACAGGGAAUUCUAGACCACUUCCCAAAGUCAGGCAGCGCCUCUUCGCCUCCAGAGGAGCUUGACUCCGGUUUGGAUGACUUGUCUGUCAGGUCUCAGGAUACCACGGUCUUGGAGACCCUUUCCAAUGACUUCAGCAUGGAUAACAUAAGUGACAGCGGUGCCUCCAAUGAGACCAUGAGCGCCCUGCAGGAAAGUUCUCUAGCAGAUUUCUCUCUGCCACAGACCCCACAGGCCGAAACGCCGGCAGAGUGCAGGGCUGAAGGCAUCUCCAAGUCUUUCAGUGACCCAGGCUGUGAUUCACCCUCCUCUGCCUUGGCGGACUCCAUGCUGAUGGACGACCAGCUGGAGUACCACGCUGGCCUGCUGGUUCAAAAUGCCAUCCAACAAGCCAUAGCUGAGCAGGUGGAUAAAGGAAACCCCAAGGAAGAAGAAAUCCCAGCAGAGAAAGAGGUCUCAGCCAAAGAGCAGCCAGCCAGCACCGGGCCAGCUCCAGCCUCCAAGAAGCAUCAGAACCCAAUGUUUGAGCCACCCCAGGUGUCUUCACCAGUUCAAGAAAAAAGGGACACCAUACCAAAGACUUCAAAAGAAGAAGACUCAGGACUCAGGGAAGGGAAGAGUUUGCAACAGUCACCCAUGUACUCAGCCAGCCAGCCAUUCCUUGUGGAGGAAAACAGGCACGAAGUCAGCUAUUUCAGCAAGUAUUCCGAGGCUGCGGAGCUUCGGAGCACCGCCUCCAUCCUGGCCACACAGGAGCCUGAAGUGACCGUGGGCCCUUUCAAGUUACGGUCAAGGAAACAGCGGACUUUGUCGAUGAUAGAAGAGGAGAUCAGAGCCGCCCAGGAGCGAGAAGAGGAGCUGAAGAGGCAGCGGCAGGGUCUGCAAAUGGCACCAAGCCCUGUUACAAAGAGUGCACCACCCAUGCCCACCAGAACUGUGUCUUACAAAACUGCACCAGGGAAGAUAGAGAAGAUCAAGCCUCCUGCAUCCCCCACCACAGAAGGCCCUGCCUCACAGCUGGACCCUCCUCCCGAGGAGUCUGCAGGAGCCCAGCGACCCAAGAACCUGAUGCAGACCCUCAUGGAGGAUUAUGAAACACACAAAACCAAGAGACGAGAAAGGAUGGACGACAGUGCAUACACCUGUAAAUUACUGUCUAGCAAGGUUACUUCUGAGGUCCUGGAGGCAACCCGGGUGAACCGCAGGAAGAGUGCUCUGGCGCUGCGCUGGGAAGCCGGCAUCUAUGCCAACCGGGAGGAGGACGAAUAACCACGCUGCAGCACCCCGACGGCAGCCAGGCACGCCGGAACCAAAAAAAGAGAAAGGCAGAAAGGAAAAAACAAAGCGAACACGAAAACCCACCGUGAAAGCAGCAGCAUUUUAGUCCAAUAUUUAUUAAAUACCCAUCAAACUCGA